CGCUCCAAAAUCUUUCUCACAUGGUUUUGGAAGAGUAAUCAUGGGAAGGGCGAUCCUUAUUGUCAUCGGAAGCCAAACCGUUUCAGUAACGGGUGGAGGUACGAAAAUUAUCCAAGAACUGUGAUGCGUUACUAUUGAUUUAUAUCAUUUCACUUUCGCCGCUCACCCCAGACCGAUGAUCCUCAUCUAAACCGCCUCCACUAUCUUACACGGUUGUUUGCCAUAGAUUUCAACAAGAAAGAAAUACGAACGAGAUAACCGUCCAUGGCAAUGAAGUCGUCUUCAGAGACAUCUUCGUCGUCUUUCAGCUGGAUUCGAGGUGUCAAUAUAGCGGGAUGGCUUGUGGCGGAACUUUUCGUGACACCCUACCUAUUCGCUCUAAAUUCGUGUCAGCUCCAAGGCGAUUGGUGCUUUUAUCCGAAUCAACUUGGUGCCCUACCGACCACCAGUAGGCAGCAUAAAUAUUGUGACAUGUACUUUUGCAAACCCCAUUUGGUCGAUAUGGAGAUGGGCGAUGAUACCAUGAAAGAGUAUCCCGUGGACGAAAAAUCAUUGCUCGCUUCAUUCUCCAAUAAGGCACUCGCCAAGCAGUACAUGACCUUCCAUUGGGAAAAUUUCAUCACUAGGGAAGAUAUUCGCUUUAUGGCAGAAGAAGGUGGUGUCGAGUAUGUAAAAGUACCUAUUCCCCAUUAUGCAAUGAACGAUAUUCUUGACGACGAGCCUUGGGUAGAUGGGCAGUGGAUGUACUUCGUGCGAUUUGUCGGUUGGGCGAGAGAGUACAACAUUCAGGUCUGGAUAGAUUUUCACACAAMAUUUGGAACGCAAAUAGGAUUUGAUGAAACCGGUUUCGAAACAUCGCCAGAAGACUCCGGUUGCGAUCAUUGGCUUGGCUCUUCGGUGAACGUUGAACGAAGUUUAAAUGCAGUCAAGAACAUGGCCCAAGCUGUAAUGGACGACAACUUGAGAGAUGUAGUGACUGGUUUUGGAAUAAUGAACGAACCGUCUUCAGAAAAUUGCCCAGUAGAACUCACUAAAAGAUAUAGCGAUAAAGCUUUGCGAGCUGUUCGUGAGAUCAUGKGAGAUGAUACAGCUGUCUACAUCGCAGAUUCUUUGAACGCAGCAACUUGGAAUGAUGGGUGGUGGACUGAUGCUACUGGGCACAAAAAUACGUACAUCGACAGCCAUUACUUCCAUACCUUCUCUGAUAGUGAACGUGCGCUCUCCCCAAAGCAACAUAUUGCGCACACCUGUAAAAAGUUCGCAAGAGAAACAGCUAGCUGUUGUUACAAGGACCAUCCAAAAAAUAAGAAGGUCUCCGAUGGUGUCUCUAGAAUUGUCGGUGAGUGGAGUGCAGGCUUCGAUAUUUGUCCGAGCGAUAUGGUUCACAAAAGUAUGGACGCAAUUCGCGAUCCGAAAAUUGCGAAGCCUCUGCUCAUGGACCGAACCUUGAGCGAAGAAAGGAUGUCAUUCUUGAAAAACCACGUCGAAUCUCAGAUGGUAACAUAUGAAAGCAGUACUACAGGUGUUUCGAGUGGCUGGUUCUUUUGGACGCUGAAGAUGGAAGGUGGCGCCUUUGCCGAAUGGGAUUUCACAAGAGGAAUAAAAGAAGGAUGGAUUCCGAAAAUUCCGGACAAAAAAACUAGUUCUUUGUCUAUCUUUGGAUCGUGCGAAUCAAUUAUGAAGAAAACCAUUGAUGACAUGAGUAUCCUUCAGCAAUUCCCGAAUUCAGACGAUAGAAAAAGGGGAUCAGACCUUUCGGUAGAUGAUGAUUUCGUUCUAUCUUUUGGGAAAGGGAAAACGAAGACCUCUAGUAUAAGUUCUCUAGCAAGUGAGACGGAGAACCCUUACACCCGCGAGAAGCUCACUUCUCCCAGUAGUAUCCAAGCAGACGAGGAAUCAGAAUUUUUUAAGAAUUUUCAUGAGCAAGACUCGACGACUGAAAAAUCUAGGAAACACCACUGGUUCCGUUUCUUUGCACUCUGUUUCUUGUGUUACGGUGUGUGGACUGUCUUCUUGAAAAAUGAAUAUGGGUUUGGACGUCGGCGUGGAGACUAUGACGCUUUGCACCGAACCGAGCUAUAUCUUUAAAUAAUGAUAAUAACAGAAGUCUAGGAAAGAAACUGCUUUUGGUGGCCUGACAAUAGAAGAAAUAGAGGGGAGCUCAAAAUUUUUCGUACUAUGUAUCUGUAACAUACUUGAUUACCCCGCAUAACCGCCAAUCUAAAUUUCUCCACUACAUUUUUUGAAUUACUCGAACAAGUGGCAUCUAUUUUUGUUUCCACUUUUAAAUGACUCAGUGAGUUGUCGCGAAGAGAGAAAUGAAAGCCCGUCGUUUACUUUCCUGCUAACCUCGGGUCGCGUUCGUUCACCCCUUCGAAAGCUGCUUUCCGAGCAGCGUUGACUGCGGAUUCGGUCUUUUUCGGACUCAAAACACCCCCUUCAGCGGAUGAUUUGACAGACUUGAGUUUCUCCCGAGCAAUUUCGUAUGCAAGUGCGGCUUUUUCCCGUGUGUCAAAAACGCCAAUAUACCUCGACUUGCCCGCAAAGUAAAGUUGAGCUUGCCAUUUUCCCGAUGGCCGCAUCGUUACACCCCUAAGAAUCGCAGCUGCGAGAGCUGCAGCUUUGUCGUUCUUCCCACCACUAGCUUGAUUUACAGCCUGAAUGGUAGCUGCUGCCUUCUGGCGUUCUGCUUUAUCAACAAGUUGUGGUGAUCUGUUUUUCUUCUUUGAGGGAUUCUGAGAUUUCUUUGACUUUUUCGUAGAUGCUGAUUUCGGUGCUGCUGAUGUAGCUUGUCGCUUCAAAUUCUGCUUGCUCGGAACAACUUUGAUUGGUUGUUUCUUUGUCGAAGUAGGUGUAGCUUUCGUUUUUGGAUGAGCUGCGUAUAGAGGCAUGUGUCUAUGUGCUCCAUGACCAUGUGGUGGAUGAGGAGGAUAGCGACCAUAAUGAGGAUGUAUGUGCGGAGGGGGAACCCCACGGUGAUGCGAAUAGUGGGGGGGCGGCGGUGGAUAAGGAGGUGGAUAUUCACCACGAGGUCCGAUCGGGUAUGAUCGAACACGCUGUGAAUCACCACUAGAUUUCCCUCGAUUUGGAGGCGGGCCUCCUACAACCACCCUCAUACUCCCUCCGUGAGUCAUCCCUGGGUGUAGAGCAGGAUAAUAUGAUGAUUCGUGAUGAGGGAAAUGCGACGACAUUGGGGGGUAUCGAUUCGAAGGAUGCAGACUGCCCGUUGCAGGCAGUUUUUUUAAAGGGUCGUGUGCAUUUUUCUGUUUCAUAUCCAUUGCUGGUCCGCCGCUUGCUUGACUCAUGGGUCUAACUCCGUGGUCAUCAGAAAUAUCAUUGUGGUCUCGUGAAUGAGUUUUCCUUGCCAGUCUGGCGCCUUUUCCGUCUCCGACGCUUCCCCCGAUCAUGGGGAGCUGAAGCGAUGGGAGAUUGUCGCUUUCUCCAUUUUUCCGAAAGACUUUCGAUCCUUCCGUUUUCGUAGGCACCCCGGAUUGAACACUAUCAGCGACAGCUGGUCGAGGGGUGCUUGAUGCCAGCUGCAAUAAAACGCUGAGAUCUUCGUCUUCCAUCAAGUCACGUUCAGCGAGAUGAACAGCGUCUAGAUUUCCACCCUUUUGGACACCACUUCGUGCUCUUUGAGACGCCCCUAGCAUCGCCAUUCCGGAUCUUUCAGCGGGUGAAGCAAACAUUUCUUUGUAAUUGAUCUUUGGAGAGUUAGGUCCUAUCUGGUUGCCUUUGACUUUGUAUGAAGAUAAAGGAGAAAUGCAGAU